AUGGCCCACUACAACCCCUUCGUACGAUCAACAAACUUCGGAGAAGAGCGCAUCAUCAACAUCGAAUUCGCCACCAACGAAGACCCCCUCGAUCGCGCUGAGCGCAUAGCUCACGACAAAUCUACACAAAAGAAGCUCCCAGAUCUAUUCAAAGUCGUGGUACCGAGUGCAGAGCGUGCCGCGCAUCGGCUCCGUCUCAUGAGGAUCGAAUUCCCACCCAUGGACCAAUCCCAGUAUUGGCUCGAGCUCCAGGUCGGCGGGAACCUCGUCAUUCAUGGGUGUGGCGACUUCAAACCGCGAGGUUACUGCGACGUGUGUAACUCCUGGGGUAAGGGAUGUGGACCCAAGAUCGAAAAGGAUGAUUCGGGGCGCUGGGUAUGCUGGCAUGGCAGAUGGAGGGAUUAUGAGGCUGAUUGGGCCGCUACUCAGGCUUUGAUCAAUAGAGGAUUCCGUUGA